CUCGUCACGUUCACGGCAGUGAUAAAAACGAAGUGUUAUGAAUGAGGCUAUAUUUGCCGUGUUGUGUGUAGUGAGUAUAUAUAUAACGGUAUUAUACAGGUCGAGUGUAACAAGGUGAGGAAGUGGGUCGAAGUUAUGCAGCCAAGAUGCCGAUAAACACCUUGAAUUUUAGAAAAUCAAGUGAUAACAAAAUCCGUGUCAUUCAUAAUGGUAAAUUGUACGAUAUUACGAACUUUUCGUCCAACCAUCCUGGAGGACAGGAAAUUUUACAGAAACACUCUGAACAAGACGUAACUCUGCUGAUGAAAAAUGAGACUGGAAUCUCUGGACAUAAACACAGCCGUGCAGCUUAUGAUAUACUGAAGAAAUACUAUGUAGGUGAUGCCACUGAUGUUAACAAAAAUGGUCAUUUUCAUACGAAUCUUGAAGAAAAGGAAGAUCUGGUAGACUGGAAUAAACCAUUAUUUCAUCAAGUUGGAUUUCUGGGUGAAAAUUACCAUGAAUGGGUUCACCAUCCAGUAGAGAAGAGAUUACGAUUGUUUAGUUAUGAUUUAUUUGAGUUUUUUAACAGUUCACCAUGGUGGAUGGUACCAAUUUACUGGAUACCUAUAUCUAUACUCUUGAUCUAUUUUUCUCACAGUUAUUUAACUCAGCAACCAGAAUAUAUCUUUAUUGUUGGCCUGUUUGAUUUUAAAGGCAUUGAGAUAAAUGGUAGUGCCUUACCUAUAAUAAUAACUAUGGGAAUAUUACUAUGGUCAUUAGUAGAAUAUGUUAUACAUAGAUGGGUUUUUCAUGUUAAACCACCAUCCUGGUCUCCCUGGUUGAUACGUUUACAUUUUCUCUUUCAUGGUCAACACCACAAGGCACCUAUGGACAAAAGCAAGCUGGUUUUCCCACAAUUACCUGCAUCGUUCUUGGCUUCACAGAUCUUGUUGAUAUAUUGCCUUCUCUUACCAACUGGGACAGCAUUAGCACUGUUUGCUGGUACUAUUAUUGGUUAUAUGUUUUAUGAUUUAACACAUUAUUAUCUACAUCAUGGUACACCUUCUUUAACCUACUAUAAAUCAUUAAAAACUUAUCAUAUGAAACAUCAUUUUAAUGACCAUUCUACAGGAUUUGGUAUAUCAUCAAAGUUAUGGGAUUAUCCUUUCAAGACAUUGAGUAGUUGUGACUAAAAUGGAAUUAAAGUAGACUCAAAAUGGUAAUGGAGUACAGGUUUUCUUAGUUUUUAGAGAAAUGUGAAUCAUUUAGGUUUUAAUUUGUGUUACAUUAUCAGUGAAUGGUUAAAUUUCUAUUGUAUAUGAUUUUGAGUUUUUCCUGUUUUUUGUUUGUCUUAUAAUAUCUGCAUUUUUUUGGUUCAUAUUUUUUAUUUAGAUUUUAAUCAAACAUGAUCCAACUUUCAUAUCUUGCCAUCUUCAAAAGGUUUUUCUGAAAAACCUGAACAGAUCUGAGCCAUUCAAGGAUUGUUAUGAAUGAGAACAGAAUAUUCUGCCUCAGUUUUAAUUCAUAAUAUAGGUAUUGCAUUUAUUCGUAGAUGAAUUGAAAUGGAGUUUUACAUCCUAAUUUUUUGUGCCGUAUUGUGCAUAUGAAUGUUCUAUGAAGGCAAUAACUUAUGUUUACAUACUGAGAGAAUAAUAUUUCAUGUGCAAUAUAUUAGGCAAUGCCUUGUAAUGAUUUACAUUUAUAUUUGGCUAUAUGAUAAAUCACAUUUAAUUAGAAUUCUUGCUUUACAGUAAAAAUUCUUAUUUUGUUGAUAAUAUAAUUAUGCCAAUAGAAAAAUUGUCUCCAAGACAACAAAUUAAAUAUUGUAUUUUUAACCAAGUAUUUAUGCCAUAUCCUUUUAACUGCCUCUGUUAAUCUACACAAUAUUAGAUAGUUAAUGUAAUAUGAAUCAAUGAUUCAAUACAGUAGGCCUACAGUUUAAUUGAGGUAUUUAAUCAAAUGGUGCAGGUAUUUUUAGAAUUUCCAGCUUUCCGUCCUUUUAGCUUUUAUAAUGUUUCUAAUUGCAGAAUUAUAUUUGAUCAAUAAUGAUUGCAUAAUAGCCUAUAAUUGACAUUGAUUUUAGUCUUUCAUUCUGGUCUCUUCUAAAAAAAAAAAAGAGAAAAAUUUUGCUGGUAUUUUAUGCUCAACAAUCAGCACCAUAUUUUUUAUAUUUUUAAGCUUGCACAAAGUUUUUGUAUGAUAUCACAAGCCUAGUAUAUCUCUUGUUAGUUAUUAAUUAAAAAGUCAUAUAUUCAUGCUUACAUUUAUUCCUCUAGCAUGUCAGUUUUUAGCAGGUUUUAUUGCUGAGGAUGUGCUCGCAUUGUGUUACAAUUGCAGGAUUGCAACUCUGUUAGAAUAGCAAGGAGCCCUUGUGUGUGAUAGCAUGAACAUCAGAGUUAUUUGUUUGAGAUUUAAGUGUACUUGUAACAAGAUCAUAUUCAAGGCUUAACUAAGAGCAAGUAUACAGUUUCUUUUCAUCAGGAGUACAUCAUGCGAAAAAGACAAUAAAAUAGGAUGUUAUUAAAUGUUAUUCGUGCAAUAUGUAGGGGUAUAAUAAAAUAAUGUUAAAUAGAAAGUUUAUAGAAUAUUACAGUGUUGACCUACAUGUAUUGUUUGCUGGUAAAAACAUUCAAAAUUUGUUUUUCGAAAUAAAGUAAUGUCCUCUCUCUUGCUACCCCACUUAACGCCUGUUCAUGGGGAAUUUAAAGAUUUUAAGUUUGUAGUUAAAGAUGGGUUCCCUUGCUUUUGUUUAUGAAAAUGAAAUAGCUAUACUUAUAUGAAUAGAAAGUAGAGGUGUUCUAUUGACUUGGAAAAAUACCUGUUUGUCUCACAUAUCCAUAUUUAAUUCAUAAUUAGCUAAAUUGGAGGAGAAUAACCAGCAGAUUUUCAAUGAGUGACCGAUUAAGAAAAAUUCUUAUUUAUUUGUUUAUCCAGACUGUUCAUACAUGGACAUUUAUGAUUGGUUAAUUAUCAUUGUAUCACGAAUAUGGGUUUUGACAUGGUCUUAUUAACCCGUAUUAAACUAAGCCCACUACACUUUGUUUUGGGGGCGUGGAAAUGAGAUUGGUGGCAUUUAAAUCUGACCAAUGAGUUUGGUAGAAUAGAAAUGAGGUCAUGUUAACAAAACACAACAUCGCUUUGCCGCC